UUCUGUGGUGCAGAGCGAGCAAUGUGCUCGUUAAAUUACUAUAGUGUUCUGUGGCAAUGUGAUCUAGAACGUAGUGUUUAAAUUCUCUUUGACUUCAUACUCAAUUAGCUUAAAUUAAUUUAUGUUUAGUAUUUUAAAUUCUUAAAAUGAAAUUAAAUGAAAUAUUUAAUUUGUUAAUAAUGCGCGCCUUAUUGUGUGUUGUCUUCAUUGUUUCAAUAAAUCUGUGUAUGGGUGAUACUGUUGUUCCGGCUAUAAAUCAAAAACUACGUGAAGGGGUAUCGGAAAGAAUAGGAAACUUUUCGAUAGAAUUACUGUAUUAUACAACUCGAUUACAAGAGAGAAAUACUAAUUUAAUAAUAUCCCCUGUGACAGUAUGGACCAUACUAGCUGUUAUAUCCGAAGGAGCCGAGGGAAAUACUCAGAAAGAAAUAUGUGGUGCAAUCAGAACAACUCCAAAAUUGCAAACCAUAAUACGUAAUGACUUCCGAAAUAUAGCUCAAUACCUUCAAGUCAACACUUCUACAGUAGAGUUGAAAAAGUUAAACAUAAUGUUUAUAAAUAAGAAAAAUGUCAAAGAGGAUUUCAUUGAACGAGUAAAAUUUUAUGAUACAUCAGCUUUGACCUUAAACUUUAGUGAUUCAAAUGUGUUGAAUAAAAUUAACUCGGCUGUGUCUGCCUUUACAAAUAAUAAAAUAAUGAAAUUAGUUGAAGCUGACGAUUUGGCGAAUAGUGAAAUGAUUUUGACAAGUGCAUUGUAUUUUAAAGGCAAAUGGAAGGUACCUUUUAAUACUUCUUCUACCACACAGCUUCCAUUCUAUAAUAGUGCUGGCAAAGAGAUAGGUAAGGUAAAUAUGAUGUAUAAUCGCUACUCAUAUCCAUUUGCAAGUAUAAAACAAUUUCAAGCAAAAGUUAUUGAAAUACCAUAUGGUAAAGAGAACCGUCUUUCAAUGCUCAUAAUGCUUCCAAACGAAGGAGUAUCAUUGGAGGAUAUGUUUCAAAAGUUUGGCAAUACUUCACUGGAUGUUAUUUUUGAAGAAUUAAAAAAGUCUGUUGAAAACUUUAGUGAAGAUGAAGUAGAUUUAUUGCUACCAAGGUUUAAAAUUGAAUCAAAAAUUGAAAUGACAGAAACUCUGGAGACCAUGGAUAUCCGUGACUUAUUUGAUCAGGCAAAAGCAAAUUUACCUGGUAUCUCAAAUUUACCACUGUUUGUAAGUAAAGUGAUUCAUAAAGCUGUGAUUGAGGUAUCAGAGUCUGGUACCGAAGCUGCAGCUGUCACUGCCAGUGAAUUUAGUAAUAGAAUAGGAAUUAUUCGCUUUGAAGCUAACCGUCCAUUCUGUUAUAUGAUCAUUGAAAAAACCACAAAUGUUAUAACUUUUGGUGGUUUUUAUAAAGAGCCAUCAUUAUAUUAGUUGUCAUACAAAUUAUAGCUUGAAACUAAUUAAUAUUAUGUGGAUUUAUUUGUAUGGAUUGAGGAAAAGAUUUCUGUUUUAAUUGACUUCACUCAUGCUCUAAAUAAUAUAUGUAUGUGGCCUUCCAUGGUCAUUAAAACCUAUCUUUUCAAGUAGUUUUGCUUAUAGUUUCUCCAUAACAAAAUACAAUAGUAGGCAAAUUGUUAGUCGUUACAGAUGUGGUUGUAAACAAUUUGUUAUUUUUUAAAGUGAUAAUCUUCACUUUUAGGAUUAAUUACACAAAUUAUAUUUUAAAACAAAAUUUAUGAAUGAUGAGGGACUCCAAACCCUGACCUCUCACAUUCUGUGUGAGCACUCUUCCACUGAACCAACUGUUCUAGUGACAUAUCAUUGAUAAAACUUGUAUGUCUUGUUCAACUCUCAGGUUGAUGUGGCCGUAGUUGAAUGUUGUUAAAAUAGUUUAAUUUACAGUAUGCUUACUUUACUAUUAUUAUUUAAUUACCAAUAUUAUCUUUUAACAAUACAUAAGCAAUUCUUGUGUAGUUGAUGAUGUAAAUCUAUAUAAUAUGUAUUCCAUUAACCUAUGUACUGGCUCAAAUUAAUUACUCACAAUAUUAUCUUAUAAACAUAAUCUCAUUAUCUUAAUAAGCGAAUAUUUAGGUGUAUGAUGCCAUUAAUAAUAUUGAAAGUCAAAUUUUUGUAUUCAAAGUAAUGUUUUAAAUAAGAUAUUGAAUAUCAAAAUCUACCACCCAUUUGAAAAUAUAUGCCCCAGACCAGAGAAAAAUAGGCAGAAGUAACUCAGAUGGCUCCUAAGAUUAAUUCUAUUUAAAAAAUAGAAUUUCAUGACAAUUAAAUAAAUUAUUUAACCUCUAACUAACCUUGAAGACAGUAGACUGUGGUGAGUCCGACAUGUUCCAUAGUUUAAAUAGUAACAUUUACCACAUAAUCAUUUAAUAAUUGUGUUGAAUUUCGUAACAUUUGUUUUGAACACUUUCUGGGGCCAUGGCAAAAUAUGUUUAUGUUUGUUCCUGUUGUAAACAAAAAAGUAAAAUCAUAAUUUUCACUAUUUAUAGAAAAUUCUCUAAUAUAUCUGUGUAGUAUACACAUACAUGAUCAAGACAAUAUUGGUAGGGAAUAUAUCAAUUAUUAUUUGUGAUAUACUAUACUGAAUGUGAUGAAAUUUGGUAUGUAGAUAGCACACAUUUUACCCAAAAGUAAUAUCUUGAAAUAACAUUUAAACUUUAUUAUAAUGAUUUACAAUGAGGGGUUUUAAGCUGCCUGCUGGGGCAUACUACUACUAGUUAAUCUGCCUCUGAACUGUAAAAAUAUAUAUGUGUAUCGUUAUAGGUAUAGAAUACUAUUAUAAUUUUUUGAACAUUUUAGCUUUACAAUGUGAUAUAUUAAUAAUUAUAGAUCUGAAUUGAAUCUACAUAUUUUGUACUUUAAUUUUAUUUUGUGUAUGUAGCAUGUAACAUUGAUUUUCAGAAUCAAUCAAAAGUGUAUGAUUUGUAUGAUGUGAUAUAAAUAUUACUCUAUAAUAUUAAAGCUUUUUAAUCUUUAUUUUUUGCUCUAACA